AUGGCCGACCUCGAACUCGACCCAGAGAAGAGACUGGAACCAGAGGUGCGACCCGUCGAAGAGGAGGAACCCGUCGCACCAAAGGGGUUUUUCGCGAAACUCCGCUACUAUGAAGAGUACCUGGAUCGCAAGAUGGGCAUCGAGUCCAAUAGUCUUGACCGUGUGCACCCGGAGAACCGCCAUUCGCCCAGUCCACAAGUCAUGGCCUUUAUGUGGGCGUCCGCGACGAUGAACGUCAGCUGUUUCAGUACGGGAUUUCUGGGCAAGGAAUUUGGGUUAUCGCUAGGUCAAACGAUUCCCAUCAUUAUUUUCGCUACUCUAUUAGGGGCCAUGGUGACGGGCUGGUGCGCGACAAUGGGACCCGGGACUGGGCUGCGCCAGGUCGCUAUUUCGCGAUAUUCACUCGGUUAUUACCCCUCGUCCAUUGUCGCCUUGUUGAAUGUCAUCGAGCAGUUGGGCUGGGCCUCGGUAAACUGUAUCACAGGCGGAUUGGCGCUGAGCGCAGUGUCGAAUGGACACGUCUCGAUCGCCGUGGGCGUGGUGAUCGUCGCGUGUAUCAGUCUACUAUUCAGUUUCGUCGGACUGCGCGGUGUACUUCUCUAUGAGAAAUACGCGUGGAUCCUGUUCUUUAUCAUCUUCAUGAUUAUUUACGGUGAAGCGGCGCACCGCGCGAAUCUGGCCGACCCCCCCUCUGUCCACGGCUUGACUCGCUCCGGUCAGGUUUUGAGUUUGUUCAGCGUUGUCUAUGGCUCUAGUGCGUCGUGGAGCUCCAUCGUCUCGGAUUUCUAUGUUCACUACCCCGUCAACACGCCCAAAAUCAAGGUGUUCUUGUACACGACUCUGGGAAUCACGAUCCCGACUUGCAUUGGAAUGUUGCUGGGUGCCUGUAUCGCCUCUGCUCUGAGUGAGAAUCCUGACUGGGCUGAGGCUUAUGAGGGCGGGAUUGGUGAGAUCUUGAAGGAGAUCAUCUAUCCGAAUGGUUUCGCCAAGUUCCUACUUGUUCUGCUCGUUCUCUCUGGAAUUGGUGUCAACUGUAUCGCCAUCUACGCCGGCGCUCUAUCUGCACAACUCUUUGCCCCGCCAUGCGCCAAGGUGCCUCGCGUUGUUUGGUCUCUCAUCGUAUUUGUGUGCAUUCUCUUACUCGGUAUCGUGGGUCGGAAUCAUCUAUUAGAUGUUUUGGAGAACUUCCUUUCCCUGUUGGGAUACUGGAAUACCUCUUUCUUCGUCAUCCUAUUCACCGAGCACUAUUAUUUCCGAAAGGGCAAUCUCGCCAAUUACGAUCUAGACGCUUGGAACACCCCCUCGAAGAUGCCUGUCGGUUACGCCGGUCUCACAGCGUUCCUCUGUGGAGCGGCAGGGUGGAUUGUGGGCAUGGUGGAGACAUACUACAUCGGAGCGUUGGCUUCGUUGAUAGGCGUGCAGGGCGGAGACAUAGCGAACGAGUUGGCGCUAGUCUUCACGGCGAUCUCGUACCUACCCUGCGCAUUUUGGAGCUGCGGUAUGUGGGCCGAUAGUUAA